AAGUGAAUGGUAAAAAGUAUUAAAUAAUUUUUGUUUUCAAAGUUAAAAAAAAAAAUGAUAGAGAAUCCUCAUAAUUUAUUUAAAAAUAGGGGUGAUGCAGUCACGAUUUCACGUCAUGAUAAAAUAAGAUGGAAGAAAACAAAAGCAGAGUGGCAGAGCAGCGGCUCACCUCUUUCUUCUUCUUCCUCCUCUUCUCUGUUUCUUUCCUGUUUUACGCACUUCCAUUUCUCUCUUUCGAUUCCUAUACCUCGGUUCUCUACUGUACGUGCUUCCAUGGCGGAACGUGUUCACCCCACUGAUGACUCCCUUCACCCUUAUUCUGCUUCUAAUAAUAAUUCUGUAAACUCCGGCAAUUCUCUCCCUCCCCCUCCUAAAAACCCUCCUCCUGGCACCUACGUCAUCCAGAUCCCCAAGGACCAAGUCUACCGAGUUCCUCCUCCUGAAAACGCUGUUCGCUUCAACCUCUACACUCGCCACAACCACCGCCCCUGCCCCUGCCGCCGAUUUCUCUCCUUCAUUCUCCUCCUCCUCAUCCUAUUCCUCGUCCUCACCGGCAUUGCUUCCGCCCUCUUCUUCCUAAUCCUCCAACCCGUCUUUCCUCGCUACUCCAUCCUCGCCGUCUCGAUCAACGGGUUCAAACAGAACACCACCUCAAUCUCUCCCCAAUUCAACGUCGCCUUACGAGCCGAAAACCAGAAUAAAAAGAUCGGAAUCUACUACGAGAAAAACAGCAGCGUCAUGGUCUAUUUCUCGGAUGUGAUGCUGUGCAAAGGUGCAUUACCGCUGUUGUAUCAGCCGUCGAGCAACGUAACGGUUAUGGCAGUAGAGUUGAAAGGAUCUGGUAUUAGAUUAUCGAGCAGUGGGGGGAAAGCAUUGCAGGAUUGGGAGAAGCAAGGGAAAAUGAGACUGAGGGUGGAUCUGAAAGCUCCACUGAAGCUGAAGGUGUACUGGGUGAAGACAUGGACGAUUAAGGCAAAAGUGUUGUGCAAGAUCUUGGUGAAGAAGGUAACGGGAAAGACGAAAGUGAUGGAGGAAAGGUGUGAUCAUAGCAUGAAGCUGUGGUAGAAAACACAAUCCAUCCAUCCAGGUUCGUUAAUUGUCUCUCUUCCCAUUUUCUAACAUUCAGUUAUUUAUGUUUCUUUCCCGCUUUUUUUUUUCUCCUUAUUCUUCUUCCUUUUUUUAAAAAAAAUUAAAAAAUAAAAUGAGAAUUGUAUGCGUGCUCGUGAGUGGGAUUGCAUGAGGGGCCUGUUUCGUAAUUUGCUUUUCCUCUCUUACUUUGAAAAUUAAAUUUUGUUUAAUUUUAAGACCUGGAUUAUUAGUUUAGAUUUUAGAAUUUGAAAAAUAGCUACACAUUAUCUCUGUGCAUCUCACUAUAAUCACACAUAAAAAGAAAUUAGAAAAAAAAAAACUAUAAUAAAUGAGUAAGAAGAGUUUGUUCGAUGAAAUGCAUAAAAGUGGGUAAAAUAGAGAAUAGAAGUGGUUGCAAGAACUUAAUUGAAAAAGAAAAUAGCAUAUUUGGAAUGAAAUUUUUACCCUUUUUAAAAAGGAUAAGAAGCCAAAUUGGAAUAUAUAUAUAUAUAUUCGGAUAACAAAGCACAUGCUGCCUACGUGCAGACAAGAAAUGAGGAAGAUAUUUCAGUGCAACGAUAAUUUGAUAAAACUAUAGCCUAACAAUUACGAUCUAUUCAAUUGAAAGCAAUUAAAUAUUCAUUAAAUGAUCAAAUGGUUACUACUAAAUGAUGAAUAUUUAGUUAUAAUGGCAAAGAUUUUUUAUCCACCCACAGAUGAAUUGACUUUAACCAAACAC